UAUCUUUAAUUAAAAAAUAUCUCCCAAUCCCAUAUUUCCAAAAUGAGUAUCGAAUAGAUAAGAUACAGAGACUCUCUCCCUCCUCUCUUCCCACCAUUUCAAUUCACCAUGCUCUCCUCCACCAUCACCAACGCCAAUUCUCUCACUUCUCUCUCCUCCAUCGCCCACACCACCGCCAUCUUCCUUCAUCAACCCAUAGACUCCCCUCUCCGCCUCUUCCUCCGUCGCCGUUCAAACCCCAUUUCCGCCAUUAUUAACCCUUCCCCUUCCCCCUUAGCCGCAAAGCAACAAGUGUACCAGCCAUUCCGCCCCCCUCCCUCUCCUCUUCCCCCUCAAUACCGCUCCCUCGACACCGAAGGCAAGCUCAAUGUCCUCUCCAACCGCCUCGGCCUCUGGUUCCAGUACGCCCCCCUCAUUUCCUCCUUGCUUCAAGAGGGCUUCACUCCUCCCACUCUAGAAGAAAUCACCGGAAUCAGCGGUGUCCAGCAGAACACCUUCGUCGUUGGCGCUCAGGUUCGCGAAUCUUUAGUUCAGUCCAAUGACUCCGAUCCAGAUGUAAUCGCUUCCUUCGAUACUAGUGGUGCGGAGUUGCUCUAUGAAAUUCGGCUUCUAAGUACUGAGAAACGCGUUGCGGCGGCCAAAUAUAUAGUGGAGAACAGGCUUGAUAGCAAAGGCGCCCAGGAUCUGGCUCGAGCGAUAAAGGAUUUUCCUCGACGAAAAGGGGAUAGAGGUUGGGAGUGUUUUGAUUACGAUUCUGCUGGGGAUUGUUUGGCGUAUAUGUAUUACAGGUUGAGUAGAGAGUACAAUAAUUCAUCGGAGCGGAGGACGGCGGCGUUGGAGGAGGCGUUGAAAGUGGUAGUGACGGAGAAGGCGAGGAAUCUGAUUGUUGGGGAUUUGGAGAGGAAAGGAGAUGGGAAGGACGGGGUUGAAGAAGAAACUGGAGCGGGAGUUAGGGUUCCGGUGGUGCGGCUGAAGAUUGGGGAGGUUGCGGAGGCGACGAAGGUGGUGGUGAUGCCGGUGUGCAAGGCAGGGGAAGGGGAAAAGGGAGUUGGAGAGGCGCCAAUGGAGGUGAGAAGCGAGGGAGACUUCGGGGUUGUGGUGGCGGAAAAGGGGUGGAGCAGGUGGGUAGUGCUGCCGGGAUGGGAGCCGGUGGCGGGGUUGGUGAAGGGUGGUGGCGUAGUGGUGGCGUUUAAGGAUGCGAGGGUUCUGCCAUGGCGAGUGAACAGGUGGUACAAGGAGGAGCCAAUUCUGGUAGUGGCUGAUCGGAGUAGGAAGGAGGUGGUGGCAGGAGAUGGAUUUUAUCUGAUGGGUGGAACUGUGGGCGGCGGAGAUGGAGGUGGGGAGUUGAAGGUGGAGAGAGGAAAUGCAUUGACGGAAAUGGGAGUGAAGGAGAGUUUAGGAACGGUAGUGUUGGUGGUUAGGCCGCCAAAGGAGAUGGAAGAUGAUCAAUUGAGUGAUGAAGAUUGGGAUUAAAACUAAACAAAACUCAUUUUUAAGACUCACGACAAUUCAGUAUUAGGUAUUAUUAUAUUAUAUUCUACACUUACAAAUGUUGUAUCAUUGAUUUUGGUUAUUCAAUUUUACGUUCCUUUUCCUCUUUUUUUCAA